GCUCUUUUAGUAUUUGUCUAGCAGGUUUCCCGCCCCGCGGGAAGCCCCACAGUGCGGUGUAAUGAUAGGGCGGUGCGGCGGGCUGGCGGCGCAUGCGCCGUGAGCGGGUGGGGGGAGGUGGCGGUUAGCGUUGAGGGGUAGGGCCCCAUGGCGGCCUCCGCGCAGGUUCCGCCGCCGGCGCUCAGCGCGGAGCAGGCGAAAGUGGUAUUGGCCGAGGUGAUCAAGGCUUUCGGGGCGCCUGAGAACGUGCAGCGCAUGGACGAGGCCCGGGAGAACGCGUGUAACGACAUGGGGAAGAUGCUGCAGUUCCUGUUGCCCGUGGCCACGCAGAUCCAGCAGGACGUGAUCAAGGCCUACGGCUUCAGCAGCGACGGCGAAGGGGUGCUGAAGUUCGCCCGGCUGAUCAAGUCCUACGAGUCGCAGGACCCGGAGAUCGCCAGCAUGUCGGGAAAGUUGAAGGCUAUGUUCCUGCCCCCCAUGACGCUGCCGCCGCACGGGGCUGGCAUUGGCGGGGUGGCCGCGUCGUAACGCCGCCGUCUGGGCUGGUGCUGGUGGUCCCCAGGGCUCCGACCGGAGCCUUCCCUCGUGGCUGGGGUUGUCUGCGCUGCUGCUCAGCCGGCCCCGGGAAACUGAGCGGUUAAACAAGGAAGAUGCUGGUGUGAGACGAACUGGCUUCUUUAUGCAUGUUUGUGUGUGUGGCUGUGAAUAAAAGACUUCUUGAAAGUGCC